CAUUAAUAAUAUUUAAUCUGGCAACACCGGACAUUGACAACCCAAAAUGCAAUCAUGGCGCACGGGGCACUGUGUUUUUAGAAUGCUGAGAAGUUUUUACGUAAACACUUCAUUAUUUUGCAUAAUAACUGUUAUUUCUGUUUAUAUAAAUUACCUGUGACAAUUUAAGACUUUAGUGAAGCAUACAUGUGUGAUCCAAACUUGAGGUUUUCACCUGUUCGCAAACACGUCUCUGUACUACUAGACACUUGCAGAUAACUUGUUGGUGUCAUAAUGUCAGAGACGUUCGCCCGCGAGAUACUAAGGAGGAAUGUUGCGCAAAUAUGUCAGACUAUUGGAUGGAAUGGUAUAAACUCUACGCCGCUGGACAUUUUGGUGCAUGUGCUGGAAAAAUACAUCAGGUCACUGGGCACACAAGCUAGCAGAUACGCCGAACAAUUUAAUAGGACUGAACCAAAUUUACAUGACUUAGGAUUAGUUUUUCGUGAUCUUCACGUGCAAUUGCCAGAAUUAGCAGAGUACACACGCAGUGUGCCACCCGUACCUCCACCUGUUACUGUUGACAAGUUUCCAAAACCUAAAGAUUCUAAUUUGAACUUUCUCAAGCCUGGCAGCCAUGAAGUGGUCACUAGGCCUAUGCACGUUCAUGAACACCUCCCUCCUAUGUAUCCUGAGAAGGAAAGGGAUACACCAUUGGUUGCGGGCACUGUUGAAAUACGUCAAAAUGGUCUUGAUAAUGCUGAUGGUAAUACUACAUGUACAAGUCCAGAUAUAUCAGUUACAGACAGUCCCGAAAAACCAAAAGACAUAUUCAAAAGACCUAUUGAUCCAGUAUCAUUACCAAACAGUAAAAGGCCAAGGUUACGACUCGAAGAAGAAGAGAGAACUAGAGAAAUUAGUAGCGUGAUGAUGACUAUGUCGGGCUUCUUAUCUCCGGCCAGAGAAGGAAAACUACCAGAAGCCCGACCGCCCACUAUCAUUUCAGAAAAACAAUAUGAAAAACAUAAAGCAAAUUCACAUCAUACUAAUCCUACAAAAGUACCAAUGCUAGAGAAAAGUGAUAAGAAAUCUAAGAAGAAUAAGUUAUUGAAUGGCAAAGUUAUGAAAAGUAAAAGAAAAGAUAAAAGUCAUAAAGGUGAAAGUAGUAAAGCUAAAGAUAAUAGUAAAUCAAAUAAGUAUCCUCCUGGAGCUCCCAGUAGGGCUAAGGAUGCGCAUCCUAUGCAUCCACCAGUACAUAAUCAUGUGAAUAUGCCACUACCUAAGGUGCUGCCACCCUCUCAGAAGACUGCAAUGCCUCCACCAGCACCAAUCCCUCUUGUUCCAGAACCAUUCCGACCGGUAAUAAAGCAGGAACCUGUGGACUUGGCACCUCCACAGCCACAACCAUCAAUAAACCCUAGAAAUAAACCUGCUGGAGAGGAUGCAAUCCCGGUACCAAGAAAAAUACCAAUAUCAAAAUCUCCACUUGUCGCAAACUCUGUUCCUGUACAUAAACAAUCUUCAACAAAUUCCCUCAUACCUGAAGUAGAAAUUAAAAAAGAAGUAACGGACGAAGAAGAAAAACUAGCAUCCCAACCAGAUAGAUCAAAAGUUAAUAUAUUUAAAAGGAUAUCGAACAAAUCUAAAGAAGAUAAAAGUACACCAGAGGUUGUACAAGAAAAAAUACAGUCUGAUAGUAUGAUCUCAAGGCUGCAAAAUUCAGCUCAUGAAAAUUCAUAUGAAAGUAAAUCCCAGGAAACCCUUAGAGUGAAAUCAAAGGAAUCUAUUGUUAACAAUAAUGAUAGUAGUGCACUAGAUUAUUCUAAAGUUAUGGAUUUAAGGACUAACGAAGUUAUAAGCAUUGAUGAUGAUUCCAUGGACACCCAUGGGGCGCAGCCAACAAAGCCACUUUCCGUUGAACCUCGACCGAAUAUAUCAAUCAACAAAUCUUUGCAAUUACCAUAUCCCAAAGAUAUAGCUAGUGUUAGUCCAAAAAUCAAAAAAGAAAAGAAACAUAAAGAUAAAAAAGAUAAGGCAGCCAAAUUAGAGGCGAAAUUGUUAAAGAAGCAACAGCAGCAAUUAGCAUUUGAAAUGGCACAUGCCGAAAAACAGAAUAUGAAAAUGAGUAGUACGACGAAAUCACCAAAAUCAAGCCGGCCAAAGAACGAUGGUAAGAUACCGCCGAUGGUGCAAUUCCCCUUUUUCCAUGGGAUGACGCCAGGAAGGGGUUUAAUGCCUGGCCCAGGAUUGAUACCCAAUCCUGGAUUGAUUCCAGGCGGGGAUUUCCUCGCUGGUCUCGCGAAUAACCCAGCCCUGCGGGGCUUACCGAAUCCCAAUCUACUCACGAAUCCAUUCGCGUUAGCGGCCGGAGGUCCAGGUUUGAUACCGGGUCAUGGUUUUUUACACGGUGGUCUCGGGGGCGGCAUACCUAACCCCAUGAUGCCGAUGAGCAACUUCCCCCAUUCGUCGCGGUCGCCGAUGAAGAUUCCCCCAAUGCUCCGACGGCCCAGCCUCGAGGUGAUCCCCGUGGACAACGACGACGACCGAGGGGUGAUCAAGUCGCCGAUGACGCGCGACAAAGAUCGCCACGACAAGCACAAGUCUCCGACCAUUCCGAACAUACUGCAGAAGCAUAAGAAAUCUAGUAAGGACCACAAAGCGAGUUUAUACAAGAUGCCGCCCGUUCAACCGGACAUCACGAUAGAGUUGAAUCCGCCGAAGGUGGAGCCCGUGAAGGAGCCGCCGCGGGAGAGUCCGCCGCCGCCCCCCCUGCGGUUACCGACGCCGGAACCGGUGCCACCGCCGCCGCCCAAACCGGAACCGGAGCCCGAGCCGGCGGAGCCUCCUCCGGACAUUCCGGACCGGGACGAAAACGCCGAGAAAAAGAAAGAAAAGUCCCACAAGAAGGAGAAAAAGGACAAAGACGGAGUGAAAAUCAAGAAAAAGAAAGACAAAAAGGACAAGAACAAAGAUAAGGGCGAGAAGAAAAAGGAGAAGGAGGAGAAGCAGGAGGCGAAGAUCAAGAAGGAGAAGAAGGAAAAGAAGAAGGAGCGGCCCGACGGGCUCGUGCCGAAGCUCACUCUGAAGCUGGGCGGGUCGAACUCGAACUCGCCGCUUCCGCCCAGCUCUCCGGAUCUAUACCGGCUCAACAUAAAACCGGUGAGACGCGAGCCCAGCGCCGAACGCGAGCCCAGCAAAUCGCCGGAACUCGCGCAGAUCGCGGCUCUGGUGACGCGCCCGCCCAAACCGCCGCGCGUCGACGCGUCGCCGCCGCCCUCGCCGCCUCGCCGGAACCGGCCGCCUUCCGCGCACUCCAAAUACAAGCGGAUCCUGAUCAAACCGCUGAAGAAAGGCGGCGAACGCUUCGACGACGAGGAGGAAGCGACGGAGGCCGCGGAGACCGGCGCGGAGGCGAUCGUUCCCUCGUCGGCGCCCGCGGCGGACGGCGCCCUGCCCGCGCCCUACUACGUGGACGAGCACGGGAACAAGAUAUGGGUGUGUCCGGCCUGCGGGCGCCCCGACAACGGCUCCCCCAUGAUCGGGUGCGACGGGUGCGACGGGUGGUACCACUGGGUGUGUGUCGGGAUCACGGAGGAGCCCGGCGCCACCGAGGACUGGUUCUGUCGCGCGUGUCGGGCCAAACGCGCCGCGGUCUCCGCGCCCGGCGCGGUCUCCAAGAAACGCGGUCGACGCCCCAAAACGGAGAAGACCCGCGAGACCCGUUGACGACUGUCCCGCUCUCGCGCCCUAGCAUAAGCGUAGAUAAUGAUAUUUGACAUAAAAUGUUGAACGUGAACAUAGCGUAGUCACUUGUAUAAUUACCGUAAUUUACCAUAAAAAUUCCUAGGAUUAUUUUGUUAGGAUUCUCUUCUUGUUUCCGUCGUUCGCUCGGUUGGAUCGAGAGCCCGCCGCGGGCGCGUUUCGUGCGCGUCCCGCGGCCGGGCGUAGAUUUAUGAUAUUGUAAGAUUCUUUUUAUAUUGUACAAAAACUGAAUUUACUUAAGAAAUUGGUGAUGUAUAAAGUUAAUGUAGUGCAUAUUUAAAUAAACGGAAAGAAGGCCGGAUGCGUUUUCGGUCGAUAUUUGAAUAUUUUCAUAUUAUAAUUUUAAUAUAACCCUGUUUUUUUUUGUUGAAGUUGUUCCUUCAAUUUUAUGUACAGGGGUGUCGCCGCCGCGCGUCGUCCGCCCCGUUCCGCGUGUCCUUAUGAUUAGUUGACCGGCGGAAAUCGCGCGGUGGUGCCAACCCUACACUCGACUAACGUGGAGGGAAGAAAAAUGUAAAUUUUUGAUUUCAGCCAGUGGCCAAUUAAAUAUAUUGGUACUCGAAAAUGUAGUACAUUAUUUUAAACCUGCUGCUAAAACUUUCGAUGCGAACACAUGAGAAUGCGGACGCUCGACUUGAUGAAGCUGUAAGUUUAAU